AUGUUUAGAAACAAGUGGAACGCCGAGCGGAACGGACGUGCAGUGUUGCAUGAGAAAGUUUUGAAGUUCACGCAGUGAGUUUAGUGAUACCGAAGCGUUCGGGACGGACACAUGGUGCGUCACUCCGGCCACGGCAUGGAGACCACUUUUUAUGACGAGCACUACCCCAUCAGCGGUCCAGUGGACAAUUUGAAACGAUCCCUCACCCUGGAUUUGGACUUCGAGCGCGGCGGGAAACGAGCACGACUCGCCGCCCCGGUGCUCUCCUCACCUGAUCUCCAGCUGCUCAAACUGGGUUCCCCUGAACUGGAAAAGCUUAUCAUUCAGAACGGCAUGAUCACCACGGCGACCCCAACUCCUAGCGCACCUGUGCUGUUCCCUGCGGCGGCGCCCACUGAGGAGCAAGAAAUGUACGCGCUGCCUUUCGUACAGGCGCUCGACAAGCUGCACAACGGGCGCGGCGAGCCCGUCCCGCGGCGAGUGUAUGCCGACCUCGACCGGCCGCUCGACCGCUUCCCCACGCCCGUCGUCAAAGACGAGCCGCAGACCGUGCCCAGCGCUGCCAGCUCGCCGCCGCUCUCUCCCAUCGACAUGGACACGCAAGAGCGCAUCAAGCUCGAACGCAAGAGACAGAGGAACAGGGUGGCUGCCUCUAAAUGUAGACGGCGUAAGCUGGAACGCAUCUCCAAGUUGGAGGAUAAGGUCAAGGUGCUAAAAGGCGAGAACGCGGAGUUGGCGCAGAUGGUGGUAAAGCUGAAGGACCAUGUACACCGGCUGAAGCAGCAGGUGUUGGAGCACGCUAACAGUGGCUGCCAUAUCGAGCAGUACUGAUCGCGCCGCCGCCGCCGCGCCGCCACAUUCCAAGCUAGUCGCGCCCGCCAGGACGCAGCAUACAAAGCGAUUUGUGAUCUUAAUUUUACUGUGUAACAUAUAGUUAGGAUAUAGUGUAAGGUGAGCUGUGGACUUAUCGUUAAGUUUGAGAAAUGCCAGUGAUUGUGCAGAACCUCCGCUCGAAUCCCAUGUUCAUGGAUCUACUUAAGAGGGACGUGUUUAGUCACAACGCAAGCUUGAGCUUGUUUAAGUCGCAGAAUUUCCUUAAAUCAGUAUUGCGUUCUCUUAGAAUAGUGUAGAAACUAGAAAGGAUAAUCGUGCAACGUCGUUCGUGUGCAGACUGACCGAGGUUGUCGCUACGUUGCCAGUUUUACGGGCGAAUUUCCUGUUUCAGCGAUGAUGUUGCCACGAUGCAACUUUAAAAUUGGACUUACCAUGGUUCAUUUUGGUGAAACCAUUGUUUUUAUAUUCGACUGGAGCCAUAUGAUAACAAUUAGCAUUGCGGGUUUUUAUUUAUGUCGAAAACAGAAAGAGAGGCGUCAGCGAACGAGCGUAAUGCGAGCGAAAGGGACGCGAAUAAGGUAGAGCUGGCAACGGGGCAUCGAACCAAGUCACGAGCGGAUGUUCUGCUAAUUAAAAUUCCGCCUGCGCCGCCCUCGCGGAAUGGCGGCCAUGUGUUGUCGGACGUUCCGAUUCACGUUAUGUUGCACAAGGUUAACUUUUUACGACAACGGCAAUGGCGUUUAUACGCCUUGUAUGAAACGGAAUUCGUUCGCUACGCUUUACAAAUUCAUGCUUGUGUGGAAGACUGACAGAAUGCGAGUGCUUUGAUUGAAUGCAGUGUACGGUUGGCAUGAGAGAGUGUUGCGCAAGUUUCCCCGAUAUUGAAAAUGUUUUCUCAGAACUGACCCGGUGCUCUUUACUGUAGUGGACGCAACUCGAAGCCGUCCGAUUGUAAGGUGGAGGAAUGAAAGAUUGUUUCGCAAUAUGUGAGUUGAUGAAAGCGUGAGUGGGACGUACGUAUUUAUUAGUGAGAAUGUUUACCUUUAGGAU